AUGAUUCUUUCCGCACCUGUUCUUCUGGUCCUCGGGCUCACAGCUGAGCUCGCAGCUGCAGAUCCAUCCAUCAGCCAGGAAGACUGCGACAAGAUGUGCCAGACAAAACUCAAUGAUCUCCACGCCGUCGGUCAGCUCUACGACAUCCAUAAUGGCAUGGGCUCGUGUGACGACUGCAUUAUCUGCAUCGGCGAGGGCGGCAAGUACACAGACCCCAAUACUGGGCGCCGACGCUGCUGCGACAAGAAGAAUCAGGUCUUCCUGAAUGGGCCUGCCGGCAGUAAACUGGGCAAGUGCUGCGACGCCAGCCAGGCCUACCUGGUCGACACCAGCGCCCAAAAAGGCGACUGCUGUCCCGCCACCAACCACGUCUACCUGUGGGAUGCUAAGUCGCAAUCGGGAUCCUGCUGCCCCAGCGGGACGGCCUAUUUCGAUGGCCACAAGUGCCAGCCCGAAAUAGUGCCAGAGCCAAAGCCCCACACCAUCAACUGCUCCCCCCACAGUGUUUGUGCGUCGUCCUCCAAGACUACCGGCUUGAAGCAGGGCCACUGCUACCAGCUGAUGGACACCAAGGGCCGCACCCUAUCCCUUCACCGUGGCGCGACCGACUAUAUACUGCAGAACGAGUACGACGACCUCUACCACUUCAAGGUCUGCGCCAGCACGACCGACUGCAGCCCCAGCGACAAGGAAGUGACUGUGAACGACAAGUUCUUCCUCCAGGAUGAGUUCGGACAGUGGAACCUGAACGGCGCUGGCUGGAUCGACAACAGGUGCUCCGACCAUCUAUAUUUCACGCAGGAAGCUAAAAGUGCCGGUGCGUUCCAGGCGGCGCCGUGGUGCGUGGACGGGAAAUGUGGGAUUUGUCUCAAGAGUGCAGUCGAUGCCUGUCGGGGACUGGAGAUCGUUUGCCCGGCAACCAACCCUGGGAUCGGUCGGUAUGUCAACUCCAACUAUUGCUUGCCCAUGUUUGUGAAAGAGGUGCCCUGUAUGAGUGAGGUGUUUGGCGGGGAGGGUGUCAAGACCGAAUUGUAA